GUUAGAGCGUAGGUGUUGCACACCAAUUCGUUGAAAUUGCCUGCAGACUGAUUGGCUAGAGGACCGAAGUGCUGCAGAAGGAUUGGCUGGAAGACCGGGCGUGCUGCGGACUGAUUGGGUGGAGCCCCUAGUGCUGCUGACUAAUUGGCUAGAGUACCACUGUGCUGCAGAAGGAUUGGCUGGAGGACCUCAGCGCCGCAGACGGAUUGGCUGGAGGACCAAUAGUAAAGGGGGAGGAGGAACCGUACGCGCGGGAGAAUCAGAGUGCUUUCUGCGGGAUCACGUUUGGAGCUGAUUGAAAGCAAAUGAGCUUUACUCGGAGCUGAGAUAAACAAAGCCGCGGAGAUGCCGAUAGAAACGAAUAAAAUAGCUGAGGAGCUGGAAACUUUCGAUGUGACCACUGAAGAUGACAGCUUGCUGGAGAAACUGGCGAACUUCUGCAGCAGGUACCGCUUGAAGGAAGAGGAGAUUGUGAACGAAUGGAUUGCGUUCAGCAGCACGCGGUUGGGGGUUCCCCUGACAGAUGACAACCUGGACGUCUUUGAGAGCGAGGUGCUUGUCAAAAAAGUCCAUAAGAUGGGUCCAGCAACAGGAAAACGAAACUUCCGAGCACCAAUACAGGACCUGAACUCACUUGAAGAUCUUGUUCAAGCCGAGGUGGAGGAAGAGGAUCUGCUGGACUCGUACGCCACACCAGGAAGGGCUGCUUCACAGAAACGGUCGCUGACCACCCCGGAGAACCGGCAAUCGAAGAAGGCGUCGGCCGCCCGCAGCCCGCGGAUCCUCUUCUCCCCGGCCUCCUUCUCUCCCAGUGCCACCCCGUCGCAGAAGUACGGCUCCAGAACUAACCGCGGCGAGGUGGUCUCCUCCUUCGGCGUGGUCCGCGGGGCCGCGUGGCGCGGUGCGGGGGGCAGGAGCGCCAGCGUGCAGCUCUUCACCGCCCCCGAGGACUCGGUCACGACGAGGUUUAAGCACAUGUUCCAGAAGCUCUACGACAUCCGAGAAGUUUUAAACUACAGAAUUGAGGACUUGGCCCAGUCUUUGUCAGAUCAUCACAACAUCGAGGACUUCAGGCCAGUUGCGACGCUGGCACAGGAAACAGUGAAGUUUCUGGGACAGAUCGCCUGUGACAGCAAUGGAAAGCUGAACGCAAAGUCAGUGAUGUUGCAGGGAGAUCUGGAGCACUCAGCGGGAAUGCAAGUUCCGGUGGAUCUGUCGGAGCUAAAGGAAUACUCUCUCUUCCCGGGGCAGGUGGUGGCCCUGGACGGGAUAAACAGCACCGGCCGCUGCAUCGUGGCUUCCCGGUUGUAUGAGGGCGUCACGCUGCCUUUCCACAAACCCCCCCAGAAGGAAUCGGAGGAGGAGGGGGUGGAGGAUUUGGAAGGUCUGGCGCAGCAGAUGGUUCUCGUGGCCUGUGGGCCCUACACCACGUCGGACAGUAUCACCUACGACCCCAUGAUGGACAUCAUCGAUGUCAUCAACAAGGACCAACCAGACGUCUGUAUACUGUUGGGACCAUUUGUGGACAGCAAGCAUGAGCAGAUUGAGAACUGCAAGCUGACAGUGACGUUCCAGGAGGUUUUCAAGCAGUGUAUGAAGGGAUUUGUGGAAGGAACGAGGAGCUCAGGCGCACACCUUGUGUUCGUACCGUCACUGAGGGACGUUCAUCAUGACCUGGUGUAUCCUCAGCCGCCGUUCCACAGCUUCGAGCCAUCAAAGGAUGAUAAAAGGAGGGUCCACUUUGUCUCUGAGCCCUGCACGUUGAAUAUCAACGGCGUGGUCUUCGGGGUGACGUCGACUGACGUUCUCAUUCACAUGACCGCAGAGGAGAUCAACAGUUCCGUAGGCGGCUCGGACCGCUUCACCAGAAUCCUCAAGCACAUCCUGACUCAGAGAAGUUACUACCCUCUCUACCCACCUGCGGAGGACGUGACCAUAGACUACGAGAAUUUCCAGAUGCAUGCACAGCUCCCCGUCACUCCCGAUAUUUUGAUCGUCCCCUCCGAGCUGCGCUACUUCAUCAAGGACGUCCUGGGCUGCGUCUGCAUCAACCCCGGGAGGCUGACCAAGGGUCAGGUCGGUGGGACGUACGGCCGGCUUUUUGUGCGGAGGCAGAAGAACGUGGAGGCGGACAGGCGGACGCCUUGCGAGGCCGCGCAGGUGGUAAAGAUCUGAGCUUCCCCCUCCGAUGUGCGUGGACGUGAAGGUGCCACAGCUUCCCAAGGCUCCCAGAUGUCUCCUGGUAGGACCAGGCUCUCCUACUGGGAAUUCUUCCCCCUCUUCUCAAACUCACCAGGGCCCUCCGUCCUGGGCCAGUCUUUCAAGCUGUCCCCAGGUGUAGCCCAUCUUAGACGAUCGCCGCUCUCCCAGGUCUUGGGGGCUUCUGGGCUUUUACAGGAUGCAGCUGCUAGCCCCCACGUCCGACUCCCCUUCCGCAGCCGGGCUUGGGACCGUCCUUGGUGCUGUUAGAGUCUGAUCUGCCCGAUGCAAAAAACUUGUCGAAACAAGGCUGCAAUGGCCUAGCAGCAAAGUGGUUUUUUUUUUUUUACCUCCUUUGUUUAUUUACAGCUACCUAGUGUGGCUUUCCCGUAUAAAUAAAAUAAUCUGAUUUGCCUAA